AUGGCCUUCGUUGCUGCACUACUCCCUGCCGUCGCUGCCGGAAAGGCCACAACCAGCGCACUGACACAGGUUCCCGGGUACUACACCAAGUUCCAAAUGAAGCUCUCCCUCACGGCGUCGGAAGGUCCACUGGAUGUCAAUUAUCCCAUAACGCCUUUGACGCAACAGGAGGGUCUGAACACGUCCAAUCUGAACUACCUCCGAAACAUCGGCGUGGAGGGGACUAUGGUCGUUGUCGAUCAGAGCAACUUCAACAACAUCAAUGGUAGCGACGUCAUUGCCUACCUGUCAUGCGAUUCGAAUGACGACUCGUACAUCACUCAAAGCAACAUGCUCGACAGUCUUAUGACUAAACAGCUGGAAGCCAUUGUUCUUUACAGCAUCAAGCAAAGCUGUUGUUCCCUGGGAGGGAACGACCUGGCGUACGGGGCGAUCUGGACUAUGCUCAACCCAGGUGAAUCUGGGCAGGCGCGAAACUGGACUACGGCUGCCACGGGGACUAUUCGUGCAACCAUUAGCGGGAAUAUUACCUCUGACAACGAUGCGGGCGACGGUGCGGGCGGCAACAAUUCGGCCGUCGCCAUGAGCAUCCUCUACAGCAUUACGGGCCUCAUCACGCUUUUGUUCUUGGUUAUCAUCGGCACUGGAGCGAUCCGGGCUCACAGGCAUCCCGAACGAUAUGGGCCUCGCGCUGGCCACGGAGGCCAACCAAGACAGAGUAGAGCUCGGGGUUUAGCACGAGCUGUACUCGAGACGCUCCCCAUCGUAAAAUUUGGCGAUCCGCAUCCAGUCAAGGGUGAUCCGGAAAAUGAACUCGAAAGCAUUUCUAGUGAUCCCCGGCCAGAGACUGCCGUGCCGGUGCAGAGAUCGACGACAAAUGAAGCUACCAACGAGGCCAGGCCAUCAGUGUCAGUCGAAAAGAGGGCGCGCGGUACUACCGAGACCAUGUCCGGUGCUGUCGGCACGGUAGGGCAGCGCCCGACCAGUGAGGAUCACGCGGAGGAUGAGCACCCGGGCUGUACUAUCUGCACCGAGGACUUUACGGUUGGUGAGGAUGUGAGGGUUCUCCCGUGCGACCACAAGUUCCAUCCGGCAUGUAUCGACCCGUGGCUGAUCAAUGUGUCGGGUACCUGUCCGUUAUGUCGACUUGACCUGCAUUCGCAAGGAGCUGUUGAGGGCGAGGAAGCCAGGUCCGAAAACGGCCAGCUCCCUGGCGACUCGCUGUCAGUGGAGGAUGUGAACGACACCGACGCGGCACAGCGGCGGCGCAGGUCACGUCUUCUGGACUGGAAUAGGUUACGCCACGCUUCCGUCGACGAGCGUAUCCGAGCCCUGAGACAAUUCCGGGAGCAGCAAGACGUAGGAUCAGCUCAGGGGCUGCCCAGUGAACGUGGGCCGCAUCCGACUUUUACUGACAGGUUGAGGGAGAAGUUUCACGUUCGCACCACAAGAACGUGA